AUGGUGUGGCCCAAGGGAAAUUUAUUGAAAACAUCGGGUCGCACGCCUGUUCAUUUCUUCUACUCAUCUUCUCUCUCUAGGUUUUCUCUCUCUCCUCCAUCUGCUCUCACACCCAUUGGCAAUUUUGACCGCGCGCAUCUGGACACGCAGCGAGGAAUCGGCGCGGGGUUGAAGUGGAGAUCAUACCCAGGUCGUCGCCUCGAGCAGCAGGAAUCCGGAGGGGUGGAGGGGGCGGGGGAGGAGUGCAGGAAACGCAGAUCAGAUAGCAGCAGCAUCUCGUGGCUCGGAAUCUGGCAGAGCAGAAUCAGAAUUGAGGUCAGCGAUCCCACAUACCUCUCCCUUCCUGUAGCUGAAAUCCCCGUCCCCCUUUUUGUCUCUGAUUUUUGCUGUGGUUUUUGGUUGCAAGGAGACAUGAACAUCUCCCCACGCGCUCUGCCUGUGCUCCUCUGCAAUCUGGUGGGGGAAAGCACAUGGUCAGAUUUCUAGCACAUGAAGGUUUUGUUGCGGUCUCUGCCAGAGAAAAAAAUUGCACACGGGUGAGUCAAACUGACCCCAUCCCAUUUUUUUGGCAGCUUAGAUAUAGGUGUUUUUUUAGUCACUAGGUUCAUGCCCGUGCGUUGCUACGGGCAGAAAAAAAAUUAUAACCGCAGCACAAAGAUUAUUCACCAAAAUAGCAAUGUUAUGUAACAUUGUCAACCAAGCAUGAACAAAUAACACAAAUGCAUAAUUAAAACGGUGCCAUAAAUAUAGUUUCUCCAUUGUGCAUAUAUGAAAAGAAAGUGCUUAAGGCAUACAUAAUUUGUACAGGACGCUUAAUUGAAACUAUUUCAUCCCCAUACUA